AGGUGCUAUCUGCAUUAACACAGCUCUCUUCGCAUUGUGACCAUCAUCAUCAUCAUCAUCAGCAGCAGCAGUCAUGUUCUCUCGCUCAGUCCUGUUGGUUCUGCUGGUUCUCGCCUGCCUUCAGUCCUUCACAAUGGCUCAGAAUAAUGGGCCGAAGAAAUGCUGUUUCAGUUACCAGACACGUCCGAUUCCUAUAAAAUACAUUGCAGGAUAUGAAGAAACAGAGUUUCAGUGCUCAAAACCUGGAGUCAUCUUUACCCUGAAUGACAUCCGUCAGGUGUGUGCAGAUCCCCGUGUGGACUGGGUGAAGAGGAACAUGAACAUCAUUGACCAGCGACCCAGAGCCUAAAUCCUCUCUCCCUUAAUACCAAUUUUAUGUUUGUUUCUUUACAAUAAGCUCUUUUUAUUUAUUGAUCAGUAAGAAUGACAGUAUUAUUUUUUUUUCGUAUUUAAUCCUUAUAAUAUAUUUUAUAUUUAAACCUUUGCUUAAAUUAUUCUAACAUUUGAAUAUUUAUUAUUUAUAUUUAUUAUUUUAAAUUCAUGAUUUUUUUCAAGAAUAUAUACAUAUUAAAUGUAUUUUA